UGGUCAUGGCGGCCACGUUCUUUGGAGAGGUGGUUCGCGCUCCUUGCCGAGCCGGGACGGAGGACGAGGAGGAGGAGGAGGACGGGGAAGCGAGGGAGACGCCGGAGGACACGGAGGUCCGGCGGCAGCUGGCGCGGAAGAGGGAGGUGCGGCUUCUGGGGAGACAGACGGAAACGACGCUGGACGCUCCUCUGCUAGAACAGCAUCCCUGCUCCAAGUUUAUCAUCGCUAUCGGAAAUAACGCAGUCGCAUUUGUGUCGUCAUUUGUUAUGAACUCAGGAGUCUGGGAAGAAGUUGGUUGUACCAAGCUCUGGAAUGAGUGGUGCAGAACAGCUGACACUCAACAUCUGUCCCCCACCGAUGCUUUCUGUGUGUUCUAUCAGCUGAAGUCGGAUCCCUCGGUUCUCAUCUGCCAGUGUCGUUGCUACGUUGCUGAAGAUCAGCAGUAUCAGUGGCUGGAAAAGGUUUUUGGCUCUUCUCCAAGGAAGAACAUGCAGAUAACUAUUCUCACAUGUCGACACGUCACCGACUACAAAACCGCAGAAUCUGCCGGCAGCCUUCCUACUCCUUUCUUGAGAGCCCUAAAAACACGGCACUUCAAAGACCCUGCUUGCUGCUCACUGCUGGAACAACCAAAUAUCGCGCACGGCCUCCCUGCCGCAGUGCUGAGUUACGGUCAGGUGUGGAGAAUCCCUGCGGUUCUGUACUUGUGUUACACGGAUGUGAUGAAUCUGGACAUGGUUACGGUGGAAGCUUUCAAGCCCGUCCUGUCGUCCGUGAGCUUUACAGGCCUGGUCACGGCUGUGCCCCAAAGCACCGAGGUUCUGAAGAGACUGACCUCAAGCCAGACCCAGAGUAACAUCUACACGUGACCCCCGAGCGAGCGCAGCCUCCUCCGUCCCCGCCCUCGGGCGCAGCCGGAACUGCUGUGUGUGUUGGGGACGGGGGGGGGGGGGGGGGGGCGGG